AUGAGAAAUAUAUUAGCGGUUUUUAUUACAUCUAUAUUUUUAAAAUUAAUUAGUGCUGAUGAAUCUGUUUUAAAUACACAUAAUUCUUAUGAAAUUAAAGAACAUGACUUAGAUUCAUCUGUAUAUGACCAUUUUCUAUUUGACAAAGUUGAAUAUUAUCAAAAUCCUGAUGAAUCCGUACAAGAUUCAUCUAAAAUUUCAAAAAAAAAAAAACCAAAUCCACCUACUGAUUGUAUUAGUAUUUUUGAUGGAACCAAUCCAGAAGAAUAUACCAAAAAGUGUUUUUUAGAAGGUAUGAAUCAUACACGCUGUGGUUCAGAAGUGGAUAUACCUUGUUUAUGUGAUUCUAAUAAAAUGAAUAUGGUUGUUAAGAAUUGUACUAGUGGUAUAAAAGAUUUUUCACAUUUUGAUCCUUUAUUCGGCGCGUUUUAUCAUAAAAUAUGCCUUGCAUUCCAAAUUCCAGAACCAAGUUGUCUUAAUAUUUCUAAUCCAUCUUUUCCAACAGUUACUUGCGAUGAUCCUUAUAAAGAUUCUGGUCUUUCUGAACAAGCAAAAAAAUGCUUGAUGAGCUCGGCUAAUAGUUCCUACUGUCACAAAUCAACAGAUUUGUCGUGUCUAUGUGAUUCUCACUCUUUUAAUUAUAACCUUCAUUCAUGUAUUAAUACAAAUUUUACACUUCAAAAAGAAGCUACUGAAUUCCUCAAAAAAUUAUGUAAUAUACCACCUUUGGUUCCUGGAUGCACACAAAUUAGAGGAACAGAGUCUAUUGCGGAAAGUAUUGGAGAAAGGAUUAUGGCUGUUAAAACAAAAGGGAUAAUAUUUUCGAUAAUUGGAAUAGUUAUGUUUGUAGCACUGGGGUUGUAG